CCAAUCUCUACAGCUUUCUCGCCUGGAAUAGCAGUAUCGCACCUCCAUCGGCAGAUUCAUUCGUUUUAUAGCUCGCAGCUUAUUUUUUUCACGAUUGCCUGAUUACUCUGCAUCGCGUCUCACACGCACCCUUUUUUUGCUAUACAUUUGGAAUCCCACGGGCCAUACGAUCAUAUAAGAUGGACGCCCCGCGCAAGACGUUCACCAUCGGAACGCGCAAAUCGAACCUGGCCGUACUCCAGACAGAGAUCGUACGGGAUGCCCUGGUAGCAAGAUGGCCAGACUGCGAAUUCAAUGUGCACACUCGCGAUGCUGCUGGCGAUCUGAACAAGAUUACCCCGCUUCGGGAGUUCACGUCGAAGAAUCUGUGGACGGAAGAGCUCGAGGAGAUGCUGCUGGCAAAGCAGCUUGACCUCGUAGUGCACUCUUUGAAAGAUGUCCCAACGCAAAUCCCCGAGGCCUGCACACUGAGCGCCAUCAUGAAACGUGAGGAUCCCAGAGAUGCGCUGGUGGUCAAGAAGGGCCAGCCAAAGACGACACUUGCGGAACUGCCGGCAGGCUCGGUGGUUGGAACGUCCUCCGUCCGCCGUACAGCACAGCUCGGCCGCCAUUAUCCACACCUCAAGGUCAUUGAUGUACGAGGUAACAUUGACACACGUUUGGCCAAGCUGGAUGCGGAAGACGGCCCAUUUACGUGUAUCAUACUUGCAGCUGCUGGCUUGCUGAGAUCGGGACACGGAGAUCGCAUUGCACAGUAUCUCGAUUCCAAAAAUGGGAAGAUGCUCCAUGCUGUGGGCCAGGGGGCGCUUGGGGUUGAAAUUCGGGCUGACGAUGAGAAAAUGGUUGAGAUGCUGCGGGAGAUUGGAGAUCAGAAAACGACAUUCGCUUGUUUGGCCGAGAGAAAUCUGCUACGGACACUGGAAGGUGGAUGUAGUGCUCCCCUCGGCGUUGAGACUGAAUGGGUUCCGGAUGCGAGUGGGAAGGGUGAGAUGCUGAGGCUUCGAUGCAUCGUCACCAGUAUAGACGGCAAGGAGGCCGUGGAAAUCGAGAAGGACUGCAAUGUCCACACGCCAGAGCAAGCUGAAGCGUUUGGCAAGGCCGUUGCAGGCGAAAUGGUCGAGAAAGGGGCGGGCAAGAUCCUUGAAGUCAUCCAGCAGAAGAAGAAAGCAUGGUAAACACUAACCACCUCGCGUUCGUCCCUCUUUCUGCCCUCAUCCCGUGGGAUAGUUAACCAGUCAGACUGCUAGGAGGGCUGGUUCAGUCUGAGAGUCGUACUACAUAGUUAACUGAAUGCGCCUGUCUCUUUGCUUUCUCCAAGAUCUAGGCACAACAGGGCCCCAUAGUUAGCCUCAGGGGAUGGCGCCCGAUAUCGACUAGUUCGCGCUCUUAGUCUAUCUAGGCAGUGAAAUCGUAGCUCUAAAAAAGAGUCCAAGUGUCUAUCGAGUUCUAUUAAAACCGCUCCCGUCCCGUGUCCCACU